UGUGUGUGUAUCUGUGGAUCCUCACACCCACCCACGAAAGCACACACACACAUGCUGAAUGAGUUCUCUGCAGAAGAGAUGGUUGGAUGUUUCUAGCAGACAAAGUCAGGGGCUGGUUAAUAGCUCACUGAAACAUGUGCAGUAGGGUUUUACCUGAGCAACUGUGUGCAGACUGGCUGCCUUCAGCUGAAACGGGACUCGGAUGAAAUGGAGACUCUCUCCUCAACCAUCUAUAAACAUACAAGCCAUAGUAAAGAAAUGCACGUGUUACAACAAAUCUGACUUCUUCAACGGUGUACCCACUGCAUUGUAAGAAAAGACUGCAUUUUUCCACCUUUUUUACUGCAUGUGACUUACACCGGAGCAACAUGGGAAGCGUCAGCAGUCUUCUAUCAGGGCACAGUUUUCACAGUAAGCAUUGCAGAGCAUCAGAAUAUAAAAUCAGGAAGAGUUCGCACCUGAAAAAACUCAACCGCUACUCUGACGGGCUACUACGUUUUGGAUUCUCCCAGGAUUCUUCAAGCAAUAGGACAAAGUCAGGAAAAAAUGAAGACUUUUUUUACAUUAAAGUGAGCCAAAAAGCUCGGCUUCCCAACAGAACAGAUGUUCCAGUUGUUUCUAGUGUGGAACAGACUGAAAGGAGGCCAUCAAUGAUUGACUUGAGCGGUUCAACUCCCCAGUUAGUGCAAUUUCCUGCACAGCUUGACAAGGGCUCAGACAAAGCUGCAUUAAGACCAACAGCAUUUAAACCAGUCAUGACUAAGAACUCCAGUACAAAUCUUCAAAUUUCUACAGAGAUUAGCAGUCAUGGACUUCAACAAGCAAGCCCAUUAAGCCAGACAAGUGACCAAGAACACAAGCCUUUUGGCUAUUCGGUGACACUCUCAGAUUCAGGGCGAAACUCCAUGUCUAGUCUUCCAACCCAUAGCACAAACUGUAGCUAUCAGCUGGACCCCCUCAGUGCUUCUGUAGGACCAUUCAAUAGAUUUGGGGGCUCCGCUCUCAAUAUAACCCAGGCCAGCUGCAUUCAGCAAGACAGUAACAUCCUCAGUCUGAAAGCCAUGUCAUAUUCUGACAGUGGGCACUGCCCCAACAAGGGUAUUAAUACCAGCAAAUCUGGUCACUUGUCUGACAUAUCACCAUGUGUUCAUUCUCCAGUUUCCACAGAUGAAUCAAUCCUUCAGCAUCUGGAGCAGAAACUAUAUGAGAAAGAGGCAGAACUGCAAGAACUCCAGAACACUAUUGAAGAAAAAGAAGCAGACACAUGCCAGCUCUUUGAGGAAAAACAAAAACGCUGUAGAGAGGAAAUGGAGGGACUAAAACAGAAGUGCAAUACCAGACUGAGACAGGCUUCCCAGAAGGCUCAGAAAACCCAACAUGUGCUGCAAAUGCAGAUUUUUCAACUCCAACAAGAGAAAAAAAAAUUGCAAGAAAAUGUGGAUAAGUUCAGCAAAGAGCGAGAACAGCUGGAGGCAAAAGUUAGAUGCUUUGAGGAAAAGAAAACAAACCUGGCACCAACAUUAGAGGAAACCCAGUGGGAGGUGUGCCAGAAAUCAGGAGAGAUUUCUCUUUUGAAACAACAGUUGAAGGAUUACCAGACAGAACUUGCCUCAAAAGUCAGUGAAGUGCUGAGUCUUAAGGCCCAGCUAAAGGAAAACAAAGGAAGGACAGAGUUCCUGGAACAACAGAUCAGAGAUGUAGAAGACUCAUUGCGCACAAAGUCAGUUGAACUGGAGGUUUGUGAGAAUGAGCUACAGCGCAAGAAAAAUGAAGCAGAACUCUUAAGGGACAAGAUGAGUCGUCUUGAGCAAGACAUUGCUGUGUUAAAGAAAGACCUGAUGCUUGCUGAAGACCAGAGGAAUAGAAAUGAGGACGGUAAGCCAGUGAAGAAUCAAAGUCCAUCCCAAGAUGCAGAAGAUGCUCUGCUGGGGGAGGUGGAAAGGCUGAAAGCUGAACUGAUGGAGGAGAAACGAUACAAUGAAAAGCUGUCCCUGAGUUUCCAGCAAGAACGAGAAAUAUGGAGAGAGGAGAAGGAAAAAGUCAUUCGUUAUCAGAAGCAGUUACAACAAAGCUAUCUGCACAUGUAUAGAAAGAACCAGGAGCUGGAAAAAGUAGUGAAACAGAUGUCAGUUGAUAUGGAGGAAAAAGAUGUGAUGGACAUUGAGGACCAGACAGCAAGUCUUCAUUACGAGGAUAUAAUAGCUACAGAAAUAUAAUGCACCCAAGUUUCUGCCAUAUAAAAUGCAGUUUGCCAACAGCCAUUCACUACCACUCAUACUUGUUUUUUAACCUCUGUGACACAUUUCCCAACUCCUAGUUAUACAGAUUGAUCAUAUUAUACCAUUUAUUUUCCUGUUUAUUUAUGGCAACAUUUAUUGUGCUUAACACAACCCUGUCAACAUGAGGACAUUGAAAGAGAACACACAUUAAUAUGACUAGUGUAUAUAAGUAUUACAUAUGUUUACCGCAUGUUUCAUUGUAAAUGCAUAUGGGGUUGCUGCAUAAUUCCAUCUUGCAGUCUCAUGGGGCAGAACUGUGUAUCAUCAGUUAUUGAAGGAUGUAAAGAAAAUAUGAAUCUUGGAAACAAAAGCCAACACUUCUUCUGACAGUGCUGUAAAGGGUAAUGAGGGAAAACAAAGUGAAAGAAAUCUAUAUAAUUUUACAGGUAUAUGAACAGUGUCUUGUAACCAGUGUCAGCAUAAUCCUUGAUAUUGAAAAGAUGCAGCAGGAACUUUUAACAUGUUGCAGGCUUUUUUUCUGAAGGUGCAUGGUGUCCAAUGCUGAAUAUUUCUCGCAGAAUAUUAGUUAGUUUCUGAAAAUGUGUACCAGAUCACCUUUUUCAAGGAAAUAUCUUGUUCUUCUUUUGUAUGUUAAGCAGCUGUACUGAACUCCAGCAGUCCAAAUAGCCACCCAAAGAUCUCUCUUGCAUCAUGACAGAGAGGGGUGGGUUUGGCAUAAUGGUUAAGAUCUUUACAUCAGACACAAUGUAAGGGGUUUGAUUCUGACCUGAGGCUAUUGGCUAGGCUUAAAAUAGCCCUUUAGGGCAGUUAGCCUAGUAUUUACAUAUUAAUCAUAUAUGAGCCAUAUGAUCUGGAGUACCAUGGGGGGACCUAAAGCAUAAUAAUAUCCUGUGCUCUCUCUCUGUUCUCUAAAUGGGACAUAUUUCAUGGUGUCUUGAUAUGAGAUGAGCAUCUAGCCCUUUUUAACAUGACUGGGGGUGGGUCUUCAUAAAAUCCACUUAUUAGCAUCCCUCUUUUUUUCUCAGUUUUCAGACUGGAGAUGUGGUGUGAGUGCAUGACAAAAGAGACAUAGCAUUUUGCUGUCACUGUCUGAACAUCCACUGCCUGCCCUUUGACAAAUCGAUACUAUAACAAGGAUUUCUUGGGGUGGCAAGCACCAUGAGCAGGAUUUCUUGGGGUGAUUGAUGUACCACAAAAUGUAACAUCCCAUUUCUCAUAAUGAAACCUACGUUCAACUUCCAAAUGCAAUGGGUGGAAACGGACAGUGAAAAGAAAGUCAAGGUGUCAUAGUCAAUUUCACCACAGAAGGCAGGAAUGUUUGAUUUUUAUUUUUACUUCAAAGAGUCACCCUGCAAAAAAAAAAAAAAAAAUACUUUGAAAACUAUAGCAUCAUAUGUGGUGUAUUCUUAAUUGUGAAGACCAUCAGUCUUCAGCUUAUGUAAACCACGGCUUAUGCAUUUUCCCCUUUUUAAAAGUAUAAUUGUUUUAAAUGUUAAAUUAAUAACCAGCUGAAUUCUGCAGAAUGCCAUAAAGAUGAAGCAUGGAAUCAAGACAAAUGUGAUAAAACUGUUUAUUGACUAACAAGCCCACUA